CCUGACUUGCCCGCUGCGAGGGGCAGGGCGCCGCAGUGCCGUAGUAGCGGGCAGCCGAGACGCACCGCUCGGGAGCCGCGGGUACCGGAGCUGACAGAGACCCCGGCGCUGCCUAACCCUCACCGGGCCGCCCGAGCUCCAUCCCCCUCCCCGAGAAGGCUGCGCGAGCCGCAAGACGCCCAGACGCCAGCCUCGGUCCCCUUUCAGUCUCUCGGUUCAUCUUUCCUCCCAAGUAAGGGAAUAAACCCCAAGGAAAGAGCGCUCCGAAAAACCGCGCAACAAAGUGUUGCAUGCUGAGGGCCGUGUCCUAACGUGGGAAGGGACUUAGUCUUCUUAAAAAGGGCUGUACUUGCCUCCGUUCCGAAGGAAAAGGAAGGAUUUCUGAAUUUACUGUGACUACAGAUAGAAGGAUGUUGCCUUAGGAAUAGCAGAGGUCUUCUCUCAGCUGCUAAACAGUGCCCGCUGCUGCCAUAGACACUUGGGUCCUCAAGAAAUCUCCUGAAGGACUUGUCCAUUGUGUACUUGCAAUGAGCCAGGCCCUAGGCUGGGCCUUGGCUACAGCCUGGUGAACAAAACUCUCUCCCUAGCCUCAAGCGCGCACACCCAGGAAAGAUGAGUGAAGAACGAUGGGUCUCCCUCACUCCAGAAGAAUUUGGCCAACUCCAGAAAUAUGCAGAAUAUUCUUCCAAGAAGAUAAAUGAUGUCUUGGCUGAAUUUAAUGAGGGUGGGAGCCUCAAACAGUAUGACCCACAUGAGCCUAUUAGCUAUGACGUCUUCAAGCUGUUCAUGAGGGCAUACCUGGAGGUGGAGCUUCCACAGCCACUGAGCACACACCUCUUCCUGGCCUUCAGCCAGAAGCCCAGACAGGAGACCCCGGACCACCCAAAGGAGGGGACCAGCAACAGCCAAGCCAGUGGCCCAGAUUCCAACAUACAGAAUGCAGAUAAUGCUGCCAAAGCAGACGAGGCUUGUGCCCCUGAUACGGAAUCAAAGAUCACCGAGAAGCAAGUGCCAACUAAAGACCAAGUGUCUGCGACCCCCGUGGGAAACCAUGAUGCUCAAUCUUCAGGCUCAGAAUCCCCCAUAGUGUACCUGAAGGAUGUCAUGUGUUACCUGUCCUUGCUGGAAACAGGGAGACCUCAGGAUAAGCUAGAGUUCAUGUUUCGUCUCUAUGAUUCGGAUGAGAAUGGUCUCCUGGACCAAGCGGAGAUGGAUCGUAUUGUCAUCCAGAUGCUACACAUUGCCCAGUAUCUCGAGUGGGAUCCCACGGAGCUAAGGCCUAUACUGAAGGAGAUGUUACAAGGGAUGGACUACGACCAGGAUGGCUUUGUGUCUCUCCAGGAGUGGGUCCAUGGAGGGAUGACCACCAUCCCAUUACUGGUCCUCCUGGGCAUGGACGACUCUGGCUCCAAGGGGGACGGGAGGCACACCUGGACCAUGAAGCAUUUCAAGAAACCAACCUACUGCAACUUCUGCCAUGUCAUGCUGAUGGGCGUUCGGAAGCAAGGCCUGUGCUGCAUUUACUGUAAAUACACUGUCCAUGAACGCUGUGUAUCCAAAAACAUUCCUGGGUGUAUCAAAACGAACUCAAAAACCAAAAGGGGCGGCGAGUUUCACCGCAAAUGUGAAUUGUCAACUUUGUGUGAUGGUGGGGAGCUCAGAGACCAUAUUUUGCUGCCCACGUCAAUAUGCCCCAUCACCCAGGACAGGCAAGAUGGGAAGUCUGAUGGUAGCAUGUCAGCCAACGAUGAACUUGUAACGCAGUAUAAGAUCAUCCCCACCCCGGGUACCCACCCCCUGCUGGUUUUGGUGAACCCCAAGAGUGGAGGGAGACAAGGAGAAAGAAUUCUUCGGAAAUUCCACUAUCUGCUCAACCCCAAACAAGUUUUCAACCUGGACAAUGGGGGGCCUACUCCAGGACUUAACUUUUUCCGUGAUACUCCAGACUUCCGUGUUUUGGCCUGUGGAGGAGAUGGGACAGUUGGCUGGAUUUUGGAUUGCAUUGAUAAGGCCAACUUCGCAAAGCAUCCACCUGUGGCUGUCCUGCCUCUUGGAACGGGAAAUGACCUGGCCCGCUGUCUCCGCUGGGGAGGGGGUUAUGAAGGGGGCAGCCUGACAAAAAUCCUGAAGGACAUUGAGCAGAGCCCCUUGGUGAUGCUGGACCGCUGGCAUCUGGAAGUCAUCCCCAGAGAGGAGGUGGAGAAUGGGGACCAGGUCCCAUACAACAUCAUGAACAACUACUUCUCCAUCGGCGUGGAUGCUUCCAUCGCACACAGAUUCCACGUGAUGAGAGAGAAACACCCUGAAAAAUUCAACAGCAGGAUGAAGAACAAGCUGUGGUACUUUGAAUUCGGCACCUCAGAGACCUUCGCAGCCACCUGCAAGAAACUCCACGACCACAUAGAGCUGGAGUGUGACGGAGUUGGGGUGGACCUGAGCAGCAUCUUCCUUGAAGGCAUUGCUAUUCUCAACAUUCCCAGCAUGUACGGUGGCACCAAUCUCUGGGGAGAAACCAAGAAGAACCGGGCUGUGAUCUGGGAAAGCAGGAAGGUCGUCACUGACCCCAAGGAACUGAAAUUCUGCGUUCAAGACCUCAGUGACCAGCUUCUUGAAGUGGUGGGGCUAGAGGGAGCCAUGGAAAUGGGGCAGAUCUACACUGGCCUGAAGAGUGCAGGCAGGAGGCUGGCCCAGUGCUCCUCUGUCUCCAUCAGGACGAAUAAGCUGCUGCCAAUGCAAGUGGACGGAGAGCCCUGGAUGCAGCCACCUUGCACGAUUAAAAUUACUCACAAGAACCAAGCGCCUAUGAUGAUGGGGCCCCCCCAGAAGAGCAGCUUCUUUUCUCUGAGGAGGAAGAGCCGUUCAAAAGACUAGAUACUAUGCCCAAUGCCAGUUCAACCAAGAGAGAAGACAAGAAACUGAAGCACACACAUACAUACCACACACAUACACACACACACACACACACACACACACACACACACACACGCACUCUUCUCCAACCAGUGGAAGCCAAGCCACCCUUCAGGAAGAAGGCUUCACCCUGACAUCCAUUCUAUUUCAACCAUGGACACACUCCAACAGAGCCAGUGCCGGCAGGACAUUGUGAAUGGACUUAGGGCCCUCCAGGGUGCAGCUGGCUCAUGCAGCAACCUCCACUUUCCCAGAAGACCUUGAGUGGGACUUUCUGAAACUGAAGGAGAAACCCCCCCUUUCUUUCCACCACCCCUGCAAGUUUCCUCGCCGCUCGCAAGGAGCAGGCUGCAGGUUUCCUGUCUAAGGGGAGAUCGGAUGUGGCCAAGGGAAAGAGCCUGCGCUCCAGGGGACGCUCACAAAGGUCCCUCUGUGAGGAGACAAAAACACCUCCGACUCUCAGAUAGCAGCCCUUGGCAGGACUCGGCAUACGCGCGCUGGUUUCUCGGUUGUCCUUCGAGUGACAGCUUCUCCCGGAACUUGCUGAGGAGGCAGAAAGGCUGUGGAAAGCUGUGUUUCCCUUCUUGGUUCUGCGCACUCUCAGUGGGCACUGGUGAUUUUCCUGAAGCCUUCUGGUGGCUGCGUGUUUGUUUAGAGCCGGCUCCAAGAGCCCCCAGAGCUGCCUACAUAGCACACCUUAGAUGUGGUAUUUAUUUUCUUAGUUCUGUGAACACCUGGGAGGGAAAGCAGAGAAACUGAGAUUUAUUUUUCAAAUUGGUGUCAUAAUAUUGUGUAAAAAGGGAAGAAAAAAAAAAAAACCACCCCCAGCUUCUUUCUUUUUCAAGCCACAGCGUGUUUCCUGUUUGAGUUCCAAGCCCUGGUGGCAGACUAUUCCUGAAGGCAAAGAAGAUGGGAGGGAAAGGGCCUUUUGCUGAGGCGACCAGGAGACAAGGCGUCAGGCAGCUCCCUCCUGCCUCUGCAAUGACCACUCCCCGAGCACGACCUGAAGGCCCUACUGAAGGGCUUAGGUGUGUGUACAUAUAUGUAGCAUAUAUAUAUUUAUAUAUACAAAUAUUUAUUUACUGGUGGAUUUUUCUGGAUUGAAAAAAAUAUGCAGUACAAGAACAGAAAGUGGGAAAGAAAAAGAAGGCUCUGACUCCCCGUUUCUGCCAUUUCAUUGUCAAGGCACAUUGCCCCGUGGUGAUCAUGAGAUUUAAGGGAAAUUAAGGUAUCUCCUUAUCAUAAAGAGACUGAGAAUUUCUAUUCUGGAUCCUCAAAACAACAUGAAAGCUAUGCUGGGCAGGAUUUACUCUCCCAUUUGUCAGAUAAGGAAACUGAGUCUCGGAAAAUUUAAGAGACUUGUCCAUGGUAUCUUGGCUAAUGUGGUUUGGGACUAGGUACCGCUAAGAAGAUAUGUAAUAGAGAAAAGAACCUACACAUCUUGGAAAAGGGUCAUUUCUGGUCACUGAAAAGCGAUUCCAUUUGGAUCCAGGUUACCAGGGAGGAAUGAACGUGUGGCACAUGUGUGGACGGGACAAGCCCACAUGAGAGAAUGAGGCCUUCCAGUACUUCCCAGAGACUCUCUCUGGCCUCACCUGGUGAGAAGUUGGUCCAGGGUUGAAGGCAGUAGACAGAUCUUCAGAUUAAACUCUCCACAUGUCAUCUCAUCAUGGUCAUCGUAGUCUCUUAAUCUAAAAACACCUCUGGCUGCCCGGAUGACCUCAGUGGAGAGGCACAAGGAAGACAGAGGCACCUCAGCAGGGAGCUGCCAGCCAGUGCCCAGAGGGGCCUCAGCAGAGUUCAGUGGGCUUCAUUCAGCUGGCAGCAUCAUCACCGCCUUCCCUGAGGGCAAGUCUGUGGAGAGCUUUGUUGGUAGAAAGAAACAUUCACCUCGGCACCUUUGCUCCUUCAGCCUCCAUCCCCUCUGAGAUUUCUGAAAAGGAAACCUGGACCCACUCGAUGUCACUCCACUGAGCUCCCUCUAAUCUCCUAACACUGGGUCAGGAACUUUGUGCAAGGAAGGGAAAAUUAAGAUUGUGUGUACAAACUGAUCCUAACUCUGAAAGAAGCAGUCAUCUAGGACCGUCUAAGACAGAGAUCUAGAACCAUCCUGUUCAACCUAACAGUGCAGAACACUGGGCAAGGGGAAAGCAGGCCACCUGAAGAAUGUCCUGAAAUGAUGGGCUCCUUGGGGAUGGGACGAACAAGCUCAUAAUGACAACAG